AUGGGACACAAAGGCGGACUUGUGGUGCACUUGAUCUGGAUCUGGAUCAGUUUCAAUGAACUCUGCUCAGCGGCAGAACUCAAGGCGUCCCCGCUGAAGCGAGCCGCAUCCACGGAUCGUGUGGCCAAUUUGACCCGACAGCACGGAGGUGAUGUUUUCGAUGCCUACGAUUUGUCCGAGUGCAGCGCAGAUGUUUGCAUCGGGCUGUCCAGUGGCACUGCGGCUCUGUUCAAGAGUUACAUCAAAGAAAUCGAUAUGUCGGCGAAAUCGGACCUGAUGAAUUGCAAAUGCCAAUGCUUGCCGCAUUUGUCCACUUACCGCGAAGACGCCGGAAUCUGCGUGGACGAUAUUCACGAAUGCACCCUGGCACCGUUCGUUAGCGGUUCAUCAACGGAGAAGAUACCAUUUGUGUUCCUGCCUCUGCGCGGCCAGAUUAUUCAUCCCAGUCGCGAAAUCAAUUUCCCAGGCAUCCUCAAUCCAAUAUGCGCCGUGACGGGAUCUCAGUACCUCACCAAGACCGGCUGGUCAGAGCUGCGCAAUCCCAUCGAUACCGAUGUCCCCUUUGCACUCUUCCGCGACGAGGGACGGACGUUCUUGCAGUGGGCCGGAGAGGCGGAAUUACGGCUCCGAAUGCAGGGGCGGCUUAUCUUGGUGCAUUUGCUGUGUCGCGAUAUGACUCCUCCGGCCGUACUUUUCAUUGCAGUCGCAUCUGUGGACGAUGAUUUACUGCCGAACCAGAAUAUCUUCACACCUUGUGUGGCUUUUCGCGUCGUUGGAACACCAAUUAAGCAUGUGAAUAACGUUACCGAAGUCUCAUUCCAGUCUGAAUCGUCCACCUCAUCUAGCUCUGAAGGUCUCACCACUCGAGAAUAUGUCGUCAUUGGUCUCUGUAGUCUUCUGUUGGGUCUCAUAUAUGUGGCGUCCGUGUUCCUCUAUCUGCACAUGAAGAAGCGCAAGAACCAGAGUCCAAAUGGCUCACUUGGAGGACACACGAUGAAGAACAACGAACUCACUUUCCCACCCAAUGAUCAGGUGACUUACGGACCAGGAUUCCACCGGAACGGCAGCUCUAGCAUCUACGGAAGCAAGUCCUACUCACCCAGGAAUCAGGGGAACAACAUGAGGAACGUCACUGGAGGAAAUCUCGUAGGUGAGGAGAUGGGUAUCAUCAAGAGCAAUCCUCUGCUCAAACACUUCCCCAAUCUCAGCGACAAUUCGGGCUUCAUGAGUGAUCAAUCCAAUUCCAACUCGGAAUUCGACGAAGAUCUCCCACAGAUUGACAUUGAGAAGACUCAGGCCACAAUUCAUCUGGCUUCUGGAAGGAAUUCCCCAAAAUGUGGCGAUGAAGCUCACGAGAAUUCGUCAGGCACUCAAGACACGGAGAGAAUUCCCGAGGAAAAUGUCUCUAUAGUGGAAGACAUGUCGGCAGAGGACAAACUAGAGAACAUGAAAGCCAUAGUAAAUGGCACGAUCAGGAGGAAAUUGUACUUCAAUCCUGCUUACUUCGAACCCGAUCUCUUGGUUUCUCCUCCUCCAGCUGCCCUGGAAUUCCUCCACAAGAUCCGAGAAGUUAUCACGAUAGCCAAAUUCAAGAUGGCAACGAAGAAGUUUCAACCCUCACUUGAAGCUUUGCCUGAAGAGUUGCAGAACGGAUCGGAGAUCUACUAUGGCAGAUCGGGAGCGGCGUCAAGCAAGAAGAGUAGUGUUAUGGGCACUGGAAAGAAGAAGCCUCCGUGCUCAGGAUGUCCAGGAUGCGAGACUGCCUCUGUGUCUUCAGCCAAGCAAGCGCCUUUACCACAAUUGUCAUCGACUCCAGACGAUGGCAAUUGCAGAAACUGCGGCGACAAAAGGAACAGCAUCAGGAAGUGGCUAGAAGGAGUGUCUUCGGGUGUUAACGAAGAAAGCCCAAUUUCAGAUACUGAAAAGAAGGACUCCGAUGUAGGAGAAAAGGGAACAAAGACGACGGAAUUGGUGAAGAAGAACCUUAAACAUCUAGGAAGCGAAAGCUCAUCCAGUUCAGAUUCUGAUACUAUCAAAGCGAAUAGCAUUAAGAGCACAAAGAGACGCGCUCCUCCGAUUCCGCCCAAUCCACCUCGAGUCAUCAACAGACCGACAAGGAUUGAGAAACCCUCUGUGGAGUUGUACAAUAAGAUUGCCAAAUCGGAGAUCUACAACAAUCCUCAGUUCCUACAAUCGAGCCCAGAACUGCCGCCCAAGAAUCCACAUCCGUCGAGGCCGUUGAAUCGUGGUCACAGGAAGCAGCACAUGGAAGUUCAGGAUCAGUAUGCAAGUGUGUCAGCUCUCAACGUGCAAGUAAGGAAACAGGAGAUGCUAAAGAAUAUGCCAGACAUGGUAUAUGAAGCCUUAACCAAGGAUUCUCGCUAUCGAACGCAAACUAUUGAGAGUCCUUUCGGCACUCUCAAGCUUCCCACGCCUGAUUACACCGAUGAAGAUUACCAAGCGCAUGUCUUUAGGAAGCCCGGAGAUUCCCCUUCAGUUCCCACUCCAGAUUACCACAGCUUAUCUCGCAUUAGGAACAAGAACUUCCCGCCAGGAUCGCCAAUAUAUGCUCGCAAGUCACCGCACUACUUGAUAGUGGAUUACGAAACGGACAGCUUAGAGAGAGCACCUUGCAACAGAAAGAAGACAUUCUCUUCCCCAUCCUCGUCCAAUAGCAGCAGUGACUCCCAACCAAGUCCUUCGUUAAGUGCUGCGCUGCCUCUUGAGGAGGAAGUGGAGAUGCGAAACGCAGUUUAUGACAAGGUGGAGGGGUUUAGAAAGGACACAAUUGGAAAUGUGGGGAAGAACAAGAAGAAGACUGACUACUCUCUGGUGUCUGAAGUCUAUGUCGGAAGCACCGCGUUCUCCAGUCGCAGCAGGCAAAGCUCAAAGAUCAAAUACAACGUGCCUUACGCUGGAAGCAUGACCAUCGAAUUGGAUCCCAGUCCUGAUGAAUACGAUCUGUCCACGGACAGUGAUCAGUUCGAACCCGACACUCUGGACAGGAAACCAAAGAGGAAUCAAGCGCCUCAAAAUCCCAACAUCACAGCCUGGAAUAAUCAUUUGGUGAAAUCUUCAGAGUUCCUCAACAGUCCCGAUAAUAAUGUCAAUUAUUCCUCUCUCGAAAAUAUGACCUCUCUUCCGGACCUGAAUCACAUGCAACAGCGACAGAACCAGUUGGUUUUGAAAACCACUGGUUCUUUCAAAAGUGACACGAUCAGUCCGAUCUCUGGCAAUUUGAUCAGUGGCCCCAAGACCUUUGGCAGCCUGAGGGAAAUCUACAAGGCAAAGACUCAGAAGAAUCUUCAACGGCCAGCCUUGACCAACAUAGACUUCAUGGAGAAGGGAAAGCUACUAACACUUGAGGAGAGGCAUGCGAGAAGACAGAGGUCAAUGACAGAGAAUACGCUGAAUAAGAAGAACAAACUUUUGCCACCCGACGUAAUUCCCUACAAUUCCCAUUAUGACCAUCCCAAGCCACCGGUCGCGGUUUCUCCGAGUCACACGAUGGCAAAAAACCUGACGGUCUGGAACUCGGAGGAAUUCAGCGGAGCCGAUCAGAGUUGUCAGGAGGAGACUUUCGAGCACGACACCGACACGUACGAGACGAGGAGCACGAAUAGCGAAACCACUGAAUUCACCGGCGUUUCAGAGACCAUUGCUAACUCGGAAUUCGAACACGAUCGGCGGAUUCUGGCCAACAAUCUCGAAUAUCCCACCACGAAGGAGUACACGACCAUCAACAAGCUGUCCAGAUUCUACGACAACAACGACUACAUCGCGGAGAACGACGGAUGCUACAUCAACAAGAUGGAAGGGAAGCCAGUGGACAUCAUGGACACGUACAUGACGAUUGAAGAAGUGGCGGAGAAGAAGAGCAGCGACUCUGAGAAGAUGGAUGAUAUCAAGGAAGAGAGUGAAAUUGAUCGGAUCGAAGUGAUCAGCACCAACUCAAUCAAGACCAAUUCCUCCAAGCAAAGCACUCUCAAGUCGGCCAAAUUCACAUCAAAUCUCAUGAACUUAAAGGAGCACUCGAACUUGCAAGCUCCAAAGAUUUUCAGGGUGGAGAUCAAUCCUGAGAGUGAUGCCAUGAAGCUCGCGAUGGGAAUGCGCGAUCGUGCCAAAAAGUCCAAGGACAUCAAGAAUGCCUGGAAGAGAUUUGUCAGCAUGGCGAGCUCGAAGCUGAGAGUGAGCAGUCCAACGAAGCCUGACAUCAAGUUCAAUUUCGUGGACGAAAUAGAAGUUGUCGAUCGCGAUGAGGGCAUUUCUUCGCUGAUCGACGAAAACAUGAAUGAGAACAAGACUGCGAUGCAAAUCUCACCACCGCAAUCGCGCCGGAAGGCCGAACCUGACAGUGGUUACAUGAGUGCCGAUUCCAAUGAAUCGAAAGCUUUUAACCGGAAGUACUACGAUCGCUUCAACUUCAAGGCAAUCGAGGACAAGAUCAACGAAGCUUCCUACAUCGACAUCGUGGAGUGUCCUGAGCCUGAGGCUGAGCAUCAGUACUCAAUGAUUCAGGAGCACACCAACAAGAUUACACUCGAGAUUACAGACAAUGCCAAUGAGGAGCAGAAUAACCACUCGAUCGUGGAAGUUGGAGAGGACAUUGAUGAUGAUACAGAACGAUACAGUAGCGGAUUAUCGACCUCUGAGGAGGAAAGUGACGACGAUGCGGAUGAAUUGUGCGAAUCUGGAGCUGAAAGUGUGGAAACGCAUUCGGUCUUCUUCAAGCAAAUGCGUCAGUAGUCAAAUUUAGGGAAUUGUUUAAUAGAAAAUUAA